AUGCGAAACAAACCUCGCAGCCGAUCUGCCCCACCAUUUUCGACUCACGAUUUUGGAGUGGGCUGGGAGCUCAGAGAAGAUGGCAUAGAAAUUGAAGAUCUGCAUAUGGAUUCCGCUGAUCUGGCAGAAUUUUCAACUAUCGACAUCUUUAGAGAUUAUCACCCUAGGUCAAUGUAUUGGGUCGACAACGACAAGGUGCUUAAGCUGUUUUCCUACUUGAUCGAUGUUUCUGUCAUAGUUGCGAAUAUGGACCUAGCACGCACCAGAAUUCCUGUUCCCCGGGUACUACGCUAUGGACAAUCGGGAAACUGCUCGUAUAUCUUGAUGGAGAGGAUUCCAUAUCCCAAUCUUGCGGCCGAAAUGCGACGAUUAGGGAUAAAGUCUAUGCCAUGGGGGUUGACGCACGCGAUGGACUAUAUAGUCCGUGAACUUGCCGACGUAGGCUUAAGCCACAAUGACCUGGUGCCAAGGAAUGUGCUGGUGGACAAUAACGGAAUGAUAGUCUCAGUCAUUGACUGGGAUCAUCGUACUCAACAUCACCGAGGUGGUGAGUAUGCCAGAAAGAUCAGAGGGCUCUCUUAUUUCAAGGACGCGGGAGAGAAGGACUGGUAUCAUAUCUUUCUGCGAUACGCACCAGACCGUACAGGAGAGGAAAUUAUGAUCGGUUGCAGCAAAUGGCAUUCUAAGCUGGGAUUACAGUGGCCGCUGGUGAAAUCCAAAGCUUCUCAGCUCGCUUCAUCUCCCAGCUCAGAUCCUCGAAACCAGUCGUUUUCGCGACAAAAGAUUCACCCAAUUACCAUCGAACCAGUGGGUGCGACGUUUUAUUCUAAUUCUACGCACAUUAGAAAUUCAGCUUUCCAAAAUAUUGUGGCAUGA